CAACUGACGUAAACGACGCACACGUAGACAGAAGCUACGGCGCUUGACAACCCCUCAAGUUCGCAUAUGCCACAAGAUCUGUGGCAAGCAGUUGUGCUGUAUGGUAAGCUGGUCGUCGUGCUUGGAAAUUUCGAUUGAAGUGAGAGGAGGAAUUAAAAUACUAGGUAGUGUCAAAGAGUGAAGAGGUGAGACGCCAUGUUGCUGCACAGGCUGUCACAGUGUUCCGGGCUUGGCCUGCGCUCCUGCAACUCACACACCUUCUCCAGGGCCGCCUCACAAGGGAAGAAUGGCCGCGUGUGGCCUGGCCUGCCGGCCGUGCGUCAGUGGAGUAACGUGCCUUUUCUUACAGUGCCGCUGGCGCGUGCCCACGGUAAGUCCUUCGCCCACCGCGGCGAGCUGCGCCAGGCCAAGAGGAUCGUCGUCAAGCUGGGCAGCGCUGUGGUCACCCGCGGCGACGAGUGCGGCCUGGCCCUGGGACGCCUGGCCUCCAUCGUGGAGCAGGUGGCGGUGUUGCAGAGCCAGGGCCGUGAGAUGAUGAUCGUGACUAGUGGCGCCGUGGCGUUCGGAAAGCAGCGUCUGCGGCACGAGAUCCUGCUCUCCCAGAGCGUCCGCCAGGCCCUGCACUCGGGGCAGAACGCCCUCAAGGACAUGUCUCUUCCCGUGCUGGAGGCGCGAGCCUGUGCUGCUGCGGGCCAGAGUGGACUGAUGGCUCUCUAUGAAGCCAUGUUCACACAGUACAGCACCUGCACUGCCCAGAUCCUGGUGACGAACCUGGAUUUCCAUGACGACCAGAAGCGGAGUAACCUGAACAGCACGCUGCACGAGCUGCUGCGCAUGAACAUCGUGCCCAUCAUCAACACCAACGACGCCGUGGUGCCGCCUCCGGAGCCCAACAGUGACCUGCAGGGGGUGAUCAGCAUCAAGGACAACGACAGCCUGGCAGCUCGUCUCGCUGUGGAGAUGAGGGCCGACCUGCUCAUCGCUCUGUCUGACGUGGAAGGUCUGUACGAUAGCCCCCCCGGCACCGACGACGCUAAGCUCCUGGACACAUUCCUGAGACUCAACCCACUGAAAAACAUUCCAGUGAAAGCUGCUCUCUGGGCACUGCAGGGUGGCACGUCAGUCGUCAUCGCCAACGGAACUCACCCAAAGGUCACAGGUCAUGUCAUCACUGACAUCGUUGAGGGGAAGAAGGUCGGCACCUUCUUCUCAGAGGUCAAACCCGCCGGUCCCACGGUGGAGCAGCAGACCGAGAUGGCACGCACUGCUGGUAGAACGCUAGCAUCCUUGCACCCUGACCAGAGGAGCGAGAUUAUCUGCACUUUUGCCGAUCUAAUGACCGAGAAGAGGGAGGAGAUCUUAACAGCCAACAAGAAAGACAUGGAACUGGCUAUCAAUGCAGGUCGUAUGGCCCCUCCCAUGCUGAAGCGUCUGAGUCUGUCGUCGGCGAAGUUGAACAGCCUGGCCAUCGGCCUGCGCCAUGCCGUCUCGUCUCAGGACAGCGUAGGCCGCGUGCUCCGCCGCACAAGAGUCGCCAACCGGAGCCAACAGAACCAUCGGAUCUUGCUCGUCAUCUUCGAGUCCCGCCCAGACUGCCUGCCACAGGUGUCAGCGUUGGCCAUUGCCAGUGGUAACGCUCUACUGCUGAAGGGAGGAAAGGAGGCGUCUCACACCAACCGCAUCCUGCAUGAGAUCGCCCAGGAAGCACUGUCCCUGCACGGGGUCAAGGACGCCAUCCAGCUGGUGAGCACGCGUGAGGAGGUGGAGGACCUGUGUCGUCUGGAGAAGAUGAUCGACCUCAUCAUCCCCCGUGGCUCCUCCCAGCUGGUGCGCGACAUCCAGCGGGCGGCCAAGGGCAUCCCCGUGCUCGGCCACAGCGAGGGCAUCUGCCACGUCUACAUCGACGCCGAGGCCAGCAUCGACAAGGUCAUCAAAAUCGUGCGGGACUCUAAGUGUGACUACCCGGCGGCCUGCAACGCCAUGGAAACGCUGCUGGUGCACAGAGACGUUAUGCGUACGCCGGUCUUCGACCAGAUCAUCGACAUGCUGCGCACCGAGCGGGUGAAGAUCCAUGCGGGCCCCAGGUUUGCGUCGUAUCUGACGUUCAGCCCGUCGGAGGUGAAGUCCUUGCGGACAGAGUAUGGCGAUCUGGAGUGCUGCAUCGAGGUGGUUGACAGUCUGCAGGAGGCCAUCGACCACAUCCACAAGUACGGCAGCUCACACACCGACGUCAUCGUCACCGACAACGAGGAGACAGCGGAGCAGUUCCUGCAGCAGCUGGAUAGUGCGUGUGUGUUCUGGAAUGCCAGCUCUCGCUUCGCAGAUGGCUACCGCUUUGGUCUCGGUGCGGAGGUGGGCAUCAGCACGGCGCGUAUCCAUGCCCGCGGCCCGGUGGGGCUGGAGGGUCUGCUGACCACUAAGUGGGUGCUGCGUGGGGACGGGCACACGGCGGCCGACUUCUCUGAGCAGGGCAGCAUGAAGUACCUCCACGAGAACCUGCCCAUCGCUCAGACCCUGCCCGGCCAGAGGACCAGCAACUAGAACCCUAGAACCCGCCCGGCACCACGCCACUUGGAGGGAGACUCGCAACGCAGAACCCAGCGCAACUCAUGAAAAACCCCAACACUCAGAAACGCAGUACCCAACGGAAUAAACACACCAAGCAUUAAGUUAAAGGACUAAGCACUGGACUGCCACAUGGACAGAAAGGGUUAGCGGCCAGUCGGUUAACGGCACCAAGCAGAGUGUAGUAGCUCUGUGGGCCAGAACUCUCAGUAGUGAAGUAGAGCUGAUGUUAUUACACAGAGCACAGCGAGUCUCUCCUCAAACCAACGCCAACAAUCCUGCUUCUGGCCAGACUGGUGCAUUGUGGGUAACCUCAGGGCCUGAGGCUUUGAGCACAGUUGAUCUCACACACACACACACACACAGAAACCCAGGUGUUUUUGACUCAUGUCAGUAACAGCAGAGAUCUGCAUUCAUCAGUGUGCAUAUCACCUGCUCAGCAAGCCUCAGUUGCAUCACACUUACCCACAAUCCACUGCUCUUAGUGGGUCGUUUUUGUUGCACUCAGCAUAUCUCCCCUCAACCCCCCCACCCCCC